AUGGGUCUUAAAUGGACUGUAACAAUUUUUAUAUUUUCAGUUAUUUGUUGUGAAUUCUCAACUCCAUGGAUGAGAGACAAUAGCUACGUAGCAAAAAAACGUACCGAUCUAAAACGAAGAUGCCCUAAUCAAUGCGAACGUGAAUACAACGUGGGAAAACUCCAACUGCGUGAUAUAUUAUCAGUACCAAUGCAACGUAUAUUAAAAUAUCAUCUGCUUUUAGAUAAACUAGUUAAAGAGACUUCUCCGAUGCAUGAGGACUAUCGAUCUCUUGAACGUGCCAAAGAAGCGAUGAUUGAUGUAUCACAAUAUAUAAAUGAAGUUAAGCGUGAUUCUGAUCAUUUAGUAAUAAUACAGAAAGUGAAGGAUAGCAUUAUUGAUCUGCACCUUUUACAAAAUGGCAAUAAUUUACUACAAUAUGGUCGAUUGCUACUUGAUGGAGAACUGCAUAUAAAGGCACAUGAAGAUCAGAAGACUAAAUUACGUUAUGCAUUUGUCUUUGAUAAGAUUCUUAUAUUGGUUAAACCCUUGCAUACGAAGACGGGCGACAUGCAAUACACAUAUCGAGAGUCACAUCAUUUGUGCGAUUAUCGUGUGGAACAAAGUCAUUCACGUCGCACGCUUGGACGUGAUACACGUUUCAAAUGUCAAUUGUUGUUAGCGCGUAAAUCGGGAAAAACAGCAUUUACACUAUAUUUGAAAUCGGAACCUGAACGCGAUAAAUGGCGUAAAGCGUUAACAGAAGCAAUGGAAAAUUUGGAUCCGCCGGGUUGUCGUAAUACUGAUCACAAAAUGGAAAUAUGGACUUUUGAUAUGCCAACAACAUGUCGGCAUUGUUCUAAAUUUUUAAAAGGCAGAAUACAUCAGGGAUAUCGUUGCAAAGUUUGUGAGAUAGGUGUGCAUAAAGGCUGUAUAUCAUCCACUGGACGCUGCAAACAGAACUCAAUGUUGAUUCCACCGCCAGUUUGUGAUCGUAUAUUAUCAGAAUUUAAUUGGUUUGUUGGCACUAUGGAUCGUGAAACAGCUGCUGCCCGCUUGGAAAACCGAAGAGUUGGUACUUAUUUGCUGCGUGUCAGGCCACAAGGUGCUUCCAAUCCACACGAGACUAUGUAUGCUUUAAGUCUAAAGGCGGAUGAUCACGUCAUAAAACACAUGAAAAUUAAUCAAGAAUCUGAAGCAGAAAACGUAUUGUACUGCCUUUCUUCCAGAAGACAUUUCAAAACAAUUGUUGAACUGGUUUCAUAUUAUGAGCGAAACGAUUUGGGAGAAAAUUUUGCAGGCUUAAAUCAUACACUUCAGUGGCCCUUCCGGGAGGUGUACGCAACUGCAAUAUAUGAUUACGAACCACAAGGUAGUAAUCAAUUACAACUGAAAACUGGUUGUCAAGUACUAGUAAUUGGCAAGGAUGGCGACAGUAAAGGUUGGUGGCGUGGAAAAAUUGGUGACACGGUUGGUUACUUUCCAAAAGAGUACGUACGUGAACAUCCGCCUACAAGUGAUGAACUCUGAUAUUAUAAUUAUGCCAUAUAUUUUACAACUGAAGUCAAAGUACAACACCAUUUGCCACCUCCGCAACAAGAGGAGGAGCAAACACUUGGUAUCGCACCUCUUGUAGAGCAAGAAACUCUGGUCAAUGAGGAUCAGUAAGAUCAGGUCAGAUAAGGUCAGUGUUAGUUUAUAGAACAGCAUUUAGUUUAAAUAGUUUUUAAUUAUGUGUAUAGUGUAUGUAUUAAGCAUUUUUAAUGGUUAUAAUAUCGUCAUCUCUAAUAUAAUUAAACUGUUUUUAAAGUUGUGUGUAUAGUUAAUACGAUAAUGUGCAUUUAAGAUGAUUGUGGCAUUUUAAAUCG